UAUACGGUAGUCAUGACUACUGCUCAUUACUUGUGUACACCACCUUAAUUACGUGAAAAAUCAAAGGUACUCUGCUGUGGAUUUCUGAGAGUAACUGAAUUCCGCAAUGCCGCUAACGUUUAAGCAAGAAUUCCAGCUAAAGAACUUCAAGUUCAACUACAGCCCUGUAAACCACUUUUUUGAGUCACCGUGGCUCCCAACACCUGUGGUCAUCCUCUAUCGAUCAGUAUUCGCCCUUUACAGCUUAUCAUGGAUUGUCUACAGACUAAUCGCAGACGAGAAGUUCCGCCAAAAGGUCACAUUCUUCUACGUCACGAACUGGUCUUACCUUGCUCUAAUUAUCUACUUCCUUGUGUCAUCGGUCGUCACCAUCUUUGAAUACAUAAAGAGAAGACGAAGACAAGUUCACACUACGGACACUGAACGAGGCCACGUGCAUGCCUCUGACGGCCAAGCGAGAUGGUUUCACAUGAUUCAAUGGUUCUGGUAUAGUAUUGCUGCUACCAUGGCGAUUGGAGUCACUUUAUUCUUCUGGUUGUUUGAUUACGAUGGCAUGGGGAUAACUCUUUCAGAUGUUAACGUCCACCUCCUUAAUGCCGUUUUUAUGAUUAUUGACCACGCCCUGAGCUGCAUGCCCGUGCGCCUGUUCCAUAUGGUAUACCCAAUGAUCUUCGUUUCUCUAUAUAUGAUAGCUACAGUGCUGUACUGGGCAUUUAUAAGCAAGGAUUACAUAUAUAAAAUGAUGGAUUAUAACACUAAUCCUGGCGUAGCGGUUGGACUACUAUUGGCCGCUAUGCUAAUUGCAGCUCCUCUUAUUCAUUCGUUAUACUAUGGAACAUACAGACUUAGAGAGUACGUGGCAGCUAAGACAAGGAAAGCUGAAAGCAAGGAACCUGAGCGUGAAAUGGAGGAAAAGGAAAUGGAAGAGAAUGAAGUGGCUUGAUUCAGUGUUGGAACGAGGGAUAGGCCAAAAUAUAUCAUUCAUGGUUUGCUCGGAAGCGCCACAAAAAGGCCGUUCACACACUCGAUUUUUGCUGCGAUUUUAUAAUGCAUUUUUUCUAAUACUCUAUUAUCUUUAUAUCCUACCGGGUAGUCAUAACAGCGCCCUCAUAUUGAUCCUUAAAUAAAAGUUGAACACGCUGCUCAUUAUGGAUGUUUUCUAAGUGGUACGUCUAUAUCAAAUAUGGCAACAAUUAAACAGGAAUUUCAGCUAAAGAAAUUUAAGUAAUGCCCCGAGUAAGAACUAGGGAAGCA